AUGCAUCGUUCUUUCCACUUGCGUCGCUCAGUAAGACCGUGCGAGGUGUGCAAGGCGGCCAGGCGGCGCCGCAAUGCGGCCGCCAAGAAGGAUGAGAAGGAGGAUGAGAGCGAGGAGAUGGCGGAGAGUGAGUACAUAUUUCCAAUGCCUCCGCCAUCACCACCUGCACCUUCCCGGUUCCUACUUUCCAAGCGACCGGGAACCGAUGAAGGCGGGUCAGCAGCGCCUUCACAGACGCAGCCCCGCCAGUUCAUUGCGACUCCCCGCUUCACAGCACCAUCGACCACGCAGCCACAGUCGCAAUGCACCACUCCGAUUGUUCCAGGCAGCAGGCGCCCAUUCGUGUCAUCUUCCAUCAAAGACGCGAAACAUCCUGCUGACGAUAUUGAUAUUCUCGACAGCUCUCAAUUGCUUGAAGACGACGACGGUGACACAAUUGUCGAGCAGCCAUCGAAGUCUCUGAAGAGGGCCAGUCUCAGAAAACACGACAGCAUCGUUGCAAACUCACCAUCGCCAUCGCCAGACAUCAGUUCAAGUCACGCAGUUUUUGGAGGAAACCAGCACAGCUAUGAUACACAUCUCCCAGCGCCGAAACGGCGUCGUAUCACAGUUUCGCCCGCGUCUAUUGAGCACGUGAGCAGCUCAUCACGGGAACUUUCAGACGCCGAGAACCAGCAGUAUGAGGAUGACGAGACGUCACACAUUCUUGAGAGCGAGCAAGAUGAAAUUCCCCAUUCUGGACUCUCCUCAUCUUCUCACUAUUACGAAGAUCAAGGCCCCAGAGACAGCCUACGCAAAGAACAUGCCAAAAAUGACGGCAGUAUUGAGCCCAUACAAGACAGCGCGGCCUCGGAAGACAUUCAAGUGUUCCAACAUUCACACCAGCAGCGAAACACAGCGCCAUACCAGCCUCCCAAGUUUCAAGAAGCGCCCCGUUUCGUCGCAACAGAACCCUCACAGCAGCGGCAGUUCUUUCUCCCGGAUGCGUUUUCACCACAGCGUCGUGGUGCCAGAUAUAUCGCUGGCGGCCUAGCAUCCGAGGUCCGCGACUGGCUGUUCCAGGUCAAAAGCAACGGACCCGAGACGCACUACGAUCACUACUCUACUCAACCUCUUAUCACCACUUCUACAGCCGAAUACAUAGCUGUUGAAGUCUCAGCCGGGCCCGGCAUUCAAAUGCUGAUAGGAAAGCCCACAUGGUCCACAGAGGCCUGUACAUCAUCUCAAAACAAUGGAGAAGACACAGACCAGACGCACCAUAUUGUCAAACUCAUUCUAGCUGGGGAUGGCCGUAUUUCUGGGCUUGCAGGAAAAAACGUAGUCACACAGGAUGCCGUUGUUGUCGUUCACCCGCCGACAUGGGAAAUAAACCUGCAAGAUCAGGGCACUUGGACCAUGGUCUGCGACUGGAGCAUCGCCGACGACAUUACAUCGGGGCUACCCCAGGCCCGUCGUUGA